UUGGAGUGUGAACUUAUGAAGUGUGCAAACGAAUUACAUUUAUUAAAGAAAAAUACUAUGCAGUUAUAAUAAUAAAGAUAAAGCUUUAAAUUAUUUAGCCGUAAAUUUAAACAUUAAAAUGCGAGCGGUUGUGUUAACAUUGCUUUGUUUGGCAAGUUCGUGUUGUUUUGGCGAGGAUGUCAAAAAAGUUUCAUACAAAAUGCCGACAGUAGGAAUAUCUGUGCUUGUUCGUAAUAAAGCACAUACAUUACCCUUCUUUUUAAGUUGCAUACGUAACUUAAACUAUCCUAAGAAUCGAAUAUAUUUAUGGAUUUAUAGUGAUUUCAAUGAAGAUAAAAGUAUUGAAAUUCUUGAACGAUGGGUUGACAAGUAUGCACCGCUUUACAAUGGUGUGUAUAUUACUACAAACAGUUCAAGUGGACGCCUCCAUAGUGAUGAAAAGAGCCCAAUACAUUGGAGCUCCAAUCACUUCAAACAUGUGAUAUCAUUGAGAGAAAAAGCUCUGGAUUUUGCUAGAAAAAUGUGGGCAGAUUACCUCUUUAUGAUAGAUGCUGAUGUGUUUCUUACAAAUCCAUCUACGUUAAGUGUACUUGUAUCCAAAGACCUUCCCAUCACUGCACCAAUGCUUGUAUCUGAUGGACUUUACUCAAAUUUCUGGUGUGGGAUGACUGACAACUACUAUUAUCAAAGAACAGAUGACUAUAAGCCCAUACAGAGGAUGGAGAAGCAGGGUUGCUAUGAGGUUCCGAUGGUCCAUACUGCUGUCUUGGUUCAUCUGCGGACCAGAAUAUCGGACCAACUAACAUAUAACCCAGAUAAGAUACCUAAUUAUGAUGGCCCUGAGGACGAUAUUAUAGCAUUUGCAGUGAAUGCUAAGAAAAAUGGUAUAACGCUACAUAUUUGCAAUGAUGACCUGUAUGGAUUUGUACCAGUACCUUUAGAAGACAACCAUGAUCCAAAGAGUGAUUUAGAGCAGCUGUUGAACAUAAAAACGGAGGCGAUUGGACGCGGGAGUCCAUUGCCCCUGGACCCGUUCCUACAGGACUAUGUUACGUACCCUGAGCUCUGGAAGUUUGGUUGUAACGAAAUCUACAUGAUAAACUUGGAGAGACGCACAGAGAGAAGAGAACUAAUGGAAUUAAGUUUCAAAGAAUUAGGCAUGGAUGUCAAGCAUUUUAAAGCUGUUGAUGGCAGACAAUUGGACAUGAAUAACCUGAAAGAUUUGGGUGUAACAUUAAUGCCUAAUUACGAAGAUCCAUAUCAUAAAAGACCUAUGAAGGCAGGAGAAGUAGGAUGUUUUCUCAGUCAUUACUACAUAUGGGAGGAGAUCGCGGAGAAGCGCCACAGUAUCGCAUUAGUUUUGGAGGAUGACAUACACUUCGUGCCCUACUUCCGCAACAGGUUACUGCGACUACUGCGCGAGAUCAAACCAUUGGAAUGGGACCUGGUAUACAUAGGUCGUAAGAUCCUGCAGGACGCUGAAGAGCAAUACGUGACGGAGCAUACGACGCGGCCGCUGUACUCGUACUGGACGCUCGGGUACCUGCUCAGCGACCGCGGCGCCCGCAAACUGCUCAGCGCUCGCCCCCUCGACCGCAUGCUACCCGUCGACGAGUUCCUGCCCAUCAUGUUCGACCAGCACCCCAAUGCGACAUGGAAAGCCCAUUUCCCUACGCGCAACCUGGACGCUUACUCGGCGGCGCCCCUGCUGGUCCACCCCACCCACUACACGGGACAGGAAGGCUACAUUAGCGACACCGAGGACUCUGACCUCGUCACUGAAAUAACAUUCCAACACUAUAAAAACGAACUCUAAUCAUGAUGCCAUUUUGUAAGUCAUUAUUCCACUACGAUAUUACGUAGUUUAGGUACCAAAGAUAGUUUUUUAUAUAGUCAUUUUUAUUCAUAUUCUAGUGAGUAUUCGUUAGGUUACUAUUAAAGAAAAUCAUAUCAUGACGAUUGCAUACGGUCUGAGCUGUCAAGUGUAAAAUCUUUAUCUGGCUCCAGCGAACUACUAAUUGUUAUGUUAAUAUUAUAAUUGUGAAAUUGGUAUAUUGACACAAGCGAUACGUAAACGUGAAAAGAAGACUAAACUUUUAUAUAAUAAGACAGUUAUGAAUUGUUUCUACAUGUUAAAGCAAUGUUUCUUAAACACUUUCACAUUAUAAUCACAUAUACACAGUAUAUUGAUGCGUUGCGCUGCGUGGCUUGCUUGCACGCGUUGAUGGUAUCGUCGUCCGGGAGUGCGGACGGACGAUCAUUAACGUGGAAAGUGCGUCCGCCACGGUUUGAUAUCGCACGUAUCGACUGUUAUUACAUCUAUAAAAUAGUCGUUCCAAAGUCAUUGCAGAAUGUACUACGUACCGACAUAUGUGAUUUAUAUCAUCAUCACACCUUUUAUCCCUGAAGGGGUAGGCAGAGGUGUACAUUACGCCACUUAAAAUCACUUCGCACUUUUCACUAUUUAUGUUGUCCCCUGCAAUAGAAGAUGACCCUAUUGCCGUACACUGAGCACAAUUUCAGACACUGCGCUACUACUGAGAUUUCAAAAACCCAGCAUUACUUUGCCCGACCUCAGAAUUCAAACCCGAAGCCCCCUUGCCGCGCAGUCUCACUUGCGACCACUCGGCUUACGAGGCAACGCAGUAUAAUUGAUACUAUAUCUUAAACAAUCAAACUAAUGCCAGAUCUCUUUCUAGAACAUUACACAUGAUAUCCACAUAACUAAGUAAUUGAUAAUUAACUGUGUCGCUGUGUCAAUCUACUAUUUCUAUACAUAACUAGCUUCCAUGCGGUUUCACUCGCUCUGCUCGGCUCCUACUGAUGUGAUAAAUGCACUAUCCAACACAAUAAGAAUGUUUCUAAUCGGUCCAGUAGUUUCUAAGAUUAGCGCGCUCAAACAAACACACUCUUCAGGUUUAAGAUUAUGUACCACUAUAAUUAUGUUACGAUGACAUUUUUUGCAAGACUCAUAAAUCUAGAGUUAGUUGGUGCCAAAUGAGAGUUGCUAAACAAAAUGAAUGCAAGAACUGUAUAGAGAUAGAUAUAAGGUUAUGAUAAUGAUUGACUAAUGUCUACUUCUAGACUAGACACAUUUAAACAAUCCAUUGUGACUUUGGCAAAGUUCCUGUGUUUACAAGUCUGUUAGCUUGAUUUUAUUGGCAGCGUUUGAUUGCAAGUUGACAUCGCCAUAAUAUACCACUCUAUAUUAAUCUACAUAUCUGAAUUUUUAUUCAUCUAUUUUAGUCCAUCGGAUUUUGUAUACGAUAUGUAAUUAAUAAUAAUAAGCCUAAUUGACUUUGAUCGAUUGUUUAAUUGUUAAUCUUAUGCAUUAAUAAUAACAACAGUAUAGUUUAAUCCUAUAGAAGUGUAAUAUCAUUAAAUAAUUAUUGUUUUGUGAUAAAUCCUACUAAAUGUAAUAAGUUUGUUCAUCAGUUAUGUUGUUUUUAUUUUAGUUCUAUUUAU